CGAAUAAUGGGUAAAAAAUUAAAGUCUCGGAAGAUUAGGUCCGGUACUGGUGAUUUUGUUGGAGCUUCUACUCUCCCACUAGACAAGCAGAUAGAAUCUUCUUUGACUGUAUCAGAGCGAGCGUUUCCUCGUGUAAAACAGCGAAGCUUGAAAAAGUCUAAACCGUAUAUUGAUGAGGAUCUGUCACUGAAAAUUGUUAAAGUUGCAAGAAGACAAAGACGUGAAAUUGAAGAAGAAUGCAGUCCUCAAACUAAGCGAGUCUUUUUUGCUGUAACUUGCUUUCUUUUUAGGCCGAGGAAGGUGAGCCUUGGAGAGCUAUCUUUUGCAUCUUUGUCCGAUGAUGAUCAGGUUUCGGAAGAUAACGACUACGAUGAUAAUAUCGUUGACAUUGACCCUGAGGAGGAGGCAGCGGUAGAAAAAUUCAUGGCGAAGAGAGAAGGCCCUGCUACGAGAACGCUUUUUGAUAUAAUUCAGGAAAAAAUUGAGCAGAAGAAGUUUGAACUUGAAACCAUGUCUCUGGCUCAGAAUGGAGUUCAGAUACAAGAACUGGACUCUGAAGUUGCAGAAAUGUAUAGGGAAAUUGGCAAAGUGCUUUCAAAGUAUAGAAGUGGAAAGAUCCCAAAGGCAUUUAAAAUUGUACCAAAAUUGAUGAACUGGGAACAAGUAGUGCAUUUGAUGGACCCAGAUGGGUGGUCUGCCGCAGCAAUGUAUCAAGCAACUAGGAUGUUUGCUUCAAAUCUGAGUCCACGGAUGUGUCAAAAGUUCUACAAUUACGUUUUGCUCCCGAGAUUGCGUGAUGACAUAGAGGAAUAUAAGAAACUUAACUAUCAUCUAUAUCAUGCGCUUAUUAAAGCAAUGUUUAAGCCGCAGGCUUUUAUUAAAGGAAUUAUACUCCCACUCUGUGAGUCAGGAACAUGUACUCUUCGAGAAGCAACGAUUUUCGGGUCGGUUAUUACAAAAAGUUCAUUCCCGAUGCUUCAUGCUGCUGCAGCUAUGUUAAAGAUCGCUGAAAUGGAAUAUUCUGGAGCAAAUUCGCUUUUCUUGCGAGUGUUUUUUGAUAAGAAGUACACACUGCCUUAUCGGGCAAUAGAUGCUAUUGUGCAGCACUUCUCGAGGUUUUUGGAGGAUGAGAGGCAACUUCCUGUACUUUGGCAUCAGUCUUUACUAGCUUUCGUUCAGCAUUACAAAAAAGAUAUUAACUUGGAGCAAAAAAGAAUACUUCUUGAUGUUGUGAAGAAACACUUCCACUAUCAGAUAACUCCAGAGGUUAGAAGAGAGUUGGUAAGCGUAGAAAAGGAUGCAAAUAGUCUUGUUGCGAAUGAAAGUAUGGAAACCUAG